UCAGUUUGAUCGCCUUCGACUGUACAGUGUGCGCAUGCCUUCCGUUGGACAACCAUACGUUGUCGGCGUUCAAGGUCGCCAUCGUCGUAGCUUGUCGCCGUUCGCAGUGGUGGUGUCCACGUUUCUUCAUGGAGGCGGGAUAUCGUCGUUCUGCGUGGCGGUGUUUGUGGAGUUUUGGCGGUUGACGUGGGUUCCGGUGUCGUCGAUGGAAGAGGCGUCCGGGAUGGUUAUUGACGGCGUUGUCAGGGGUCGUGCUCUAACGACAGAUGAGAGGACGGCUAUCGCUGCGGCGGUGAAUGUCGUCCUCUAUCGUUGUGAAGUGGAAAGAACCGCGGGGAGGAUCAAAGCAGCUGCUUGCGCGCGACGGAAGGUGACGGCACUGGCGAGCAGCGGUGAAGGAUUGGACCUGGGAGCACUUUCGGACGCCGUCCUCCAGGUGUGCUACGCGUUGGGGUGUGGCGCCUUUCCGAGGGCGACUCCAAGAUGGUGGAUGAAGUGGCGGAUGGGAGGAACAUGGGAGGACCUGCGCCAAAGCGACGACGCCACCAACGACUACUUCAGAGACAAGCUCUGAAUGUCGCCACGUGUCUUCCGCGAAAUCGCGGAAACGCUUUCUCCAUACCUGCAACGGCGUGUGACGUUUUACUGAGUGCCUUUGCAGCCGGAUCA